AUGAGGUACUUGCACCCGACGGAGGAACUCUGGGCUCUGUCCACCAGCUUCGGUCUUUCAUACUAUAUUCGCAGUGGAAUACGAUUGCUGGACUUCGUACCGGACGAAAGUGUUUGCCCUGCUGACGUGUAUAUCAACAAAAUAUUAUUAUUACUCACCAUCCCGCUCACGCCCGUAAUUCGUGGCGGCCCAGGGGCUUUGAGCUCCAGCGGCGGCAAGCGCGGCACCGCAUCCAAGGUGCACCAGGGCGGCAAGGGCAAGACAGCGCCAUAUACAGAAUGCGGGCACCAGUGCGAAGCGACACCGAAACCCUCGUGGACCCCAAUUCCAUCUGUGAUCCUCAUGAUCUCUGCCUACUUUUACGUUCGACGCAAGUAUUUUCUCCGGCAUUCCACCGGCAUUCCACCCGACUCGCUGAACACUUCGGCAUGCGAAUUGACACGCCUACUAUCCUUACUGCCUUAUCGUCUCGACGUCCAAAGCUGCAGCCACAAUCAACGUUAUGGUCUACGAGCCUUCUACUUGAAAUCCAGCAAUCAUUGUUCGGCUCUGUCCGACGUUGGCUCCGUCGACUCGGCCUUUUGGAAACGUCACUUUUAUCGCCAUCGCGACUAUCAGGACACUUGCACCCACCCUCAGAUUGCGACCAGGCUACCAUUCACCUUCGCUCUGGAAGAUUUCAGCGCCUGGACCGAUCAGCAGGAGUACCCGCUCCUGUACCCCAGCCCCCUCAAUGAGGAGUCCGUCGCCAGCAUUGGCGCCAGCAUUGACACCAGCUCACGUACGCUAACUUCGAGCAGAGAAAAUGACCGUGUCCUCGAACCGGAUGUGAUCAGCCACCAGCGGAGAUUGGUUAAUACUACGGCGAUGUUCCGGCGCAGAGGUCUCGAAGCCGAGCGGCGGCGAUCAGGACACGCAGCAGCUCUGCACGAGGAUAUACUGUUCAUCGUUGGAGAGAUGAAGGACCACGAGAACGGACUUGGGCUCUUCAAACCAGCCAAGAUCCCAUUUUAG